AUGUCAAACCAAUCAACCGAAAAAAGCAGCGGAAGCCACCAUCCACAAACAUUGUCUGCUGUGGAUUUCCAUAGUGCAACUUUAGGAGUUGCCGCUAAUACUAUGAAGAAUGAAUUGAGUAGGAUGGCUCAUACGAUUCAAGAUAUGAAAUCUCGUCGGGCUUUUCAAAAUGAAAUGGACAAUUUCUUUAUUUUAUUCACUCGGUAUUUGAAUGAAAAGUCUAAAGGGACUAAAUUGAAUUGGGAUAAGGUUAAGGAACCUAGCCCGGAACAAAUUAUUCCGUACAAAAAAAUACCAAAAUGUGAUAAUCCUGAAUAUCUCAAUAAAUUGGCGGUUCUUAAGCUCAAUGGUGGUCUUGGAACUACAAUGGGUUGUAUUGGUCCAAAAAGUGCCAUUGAGGUUAGAGACGGAAUGACAUUCUUGGAUCUUAGUGUCAGGCAAAUCGAGUAUCUAAAUAGUAAGCAUGAUGUCAACGUGCCUUUCAUACUUAUGAAUUCUUUUAAUACCGAUGAAGAAACAAAACGCAUCGUUCAUAAAUAUUCGAGCCAUAAAAUUAAUAUUCUCACUUUCAAUCAAUCGCGUUAUCCGAGAAUUAACAAGGAAUCUUUAUUGCCUAUGACCCGUUCUCCUAACGCUGAUAUAAGCCAAUGGUAUCCACCAGGUCACGGUGACUUGUUUGAGUCUAUGUGUAACUCUGGAAUAUUGGAUCAAUUAAUCUCCGAAGGAAAGGAAUAUCUUUUUGUUUCCAAUGUCGAUAAUUUAGGUGCUGUAGUUGAUCUAAAUAUUCUUCAGCACAUGGUUGAAUCAGAUACCGAAUUUCUUAUGGAAGUAACUGAUAAGACUAAAGCUGAUAUAAAAGGUGGUACGCUUAUUGACUAUGAAGGCACUGUUAGAUUGCUUGAAGUUGCUCAAGUACCUCCUGAACAUAUGGAAGAAUUUAAGUCUAUUAAAAAAUUCAGAAUCUUUAAUACCAAUAAUUUAUGGAUAAAUUUGAAAGCAAUUAAACGUAUUAAUGAUGAGAAAGAAUUUAACAUGGAGGUUAUUGCUAAUAGCAAAACGCUUGAAUCUGGUGAAAAAGUUAUCCAACUUGAAACUGCUGUUGGUGCUGCUAUUAAGCAUUUUAAAAAUGCUCAUGGUAUCAAUGUACCAAGAAGCCGUUUCUUGCCAGUUAAAUCGACUUCGGAUCUUUUCCUUGUCACAUCUGAUUUAUAUUCUUUAAAUCAUGGUGAACUCGUAAUGAACCCUAAACGCCUUUUCGAAACUGUACCAUUGGUAAAAUUGGGUGAUGAAUUCAAGAAGGUAUCGAACUUUUUAUCAAGGUUUCAAUCAAUACCUGGUAUCCUUGAAUUGGAUCAUUUAACAGUGACUGGCGAUGUCAGAUUCGGAGCUGGCGUGACGCUUAAAGGAACUGUCAUUAUUGUAGCGAAUCAUGGUUCAAGAAUUGAUAUUCCCCCACAUUCCUUGCUCGAAAAUAAAGUUGUUAGUGGUAACUUGGUGCUUUUGGAACAUUGA